AUGUCGAGCGCCAACUCUACCCUCCGCCAAAGGGCAGGAAAGGACAAGUCCAAGCCGGCAGUCGAUGAUAAAAAGAUUGAUGAUGUCCUCGACAGUCUCUCUCAGAAUGCGCAAAAGAACGUGUCCAAGGAGUGGGAUUACAAGGCAGCGCUGGCCAUCAUCACAGCUCUAGCUUUUGUGACCCGUUUCUUUCUCAUCAGCCAUCCAGAUGAAGUUGUGUUUGAUGAGGUGCACUUUGGAAAGUUCGCGUCGUACUAUCUGCAACGAACCUACUUCUUCGAUGUCCAUCCACCCUUCGGAAAGCUUCUCUUUGCCCUUGUCGGUUGGCUCGUCGGUUACGAUGGACAUUUCCUCUUUGACAAUAUCGGCGAGUCGUACAUUGCCAACCAUGUCCCAUAUGUCGCCUUCCGAGCACUGCCUGCGCUGCUGGGCGCUUUAACCGUCGUGGUGGUCUUUUUGAUCAUGUGGGAAUCGGGCUAUUCGCUCCCUGCAUGUGUUUUGGCAUCGUCGCUGGUUCUAUUCGACAAUUCGCACGUUGGACAAACACGGUUGAUCCUGCUCGAUGCUACAUUGGUCUUCUUCAUGGCUCUGAGCGUUCUGUGCUACAUUCGAUUCUACAAGGAACGGCAUGACGCGUUCGGCAGAAAGUGGUGGAAGUGGCUCUUGUUGACCGGAUUCUGCAUGAGCUGUGUCAUCUCCACCAAGUAUGUGGGCACAUUCACCUUUAUCACCAUCGGAAUCGCGGUCUGCCUUGACCUUUGGGGUCUGUUGGACAUCAACCGCAAAGAGGGAGCUUUGGACCUGUUCACCUUCGGCAAGCAUUUUGUCGCCCGAGCCGUAGGCUUGAUCAUCAUCCCAUUCUUCUUCUAUUUGUUCUGGUUCCAGGUGCACUUCGCCAUCCUCACUCGGUCUGGCCCCGGGGAUGACUUCAUGUCUCCGGAAUUCCAGGAGACACUCAGCGACAAUCUGAUGCAUCAGGCCUCGGUUGACAUCUACUAUGGCGACACCAUCACUUUGCGACACAAGGACACCAAGGUCUACCUGCACAGCCAUCCGGACAAGUAUCCUCUCCGGUAUGAGGACGGUCGUAUUUCCAGCCAAGGGCAACAGGUGACGGGAUAUCCUUUCAACGACACCAACAACCAUUGGCAGAUUCUUCCAGGUACUCCCAACAUCGAUACAACCGAGACUGACCGCCCUGUCCUCAAUGGUGAUCUCGUCAAGCUGCGUCAUGUGGUCACUGACACCAUCCUCCUGACUCACGAUGUGGCAUCCCCAUACUAUCCCACCAACCAGGAGUUUACAACUGUGGCGCCGGAGCUCGCUGCCGGUGAGCGUCACAACGAUACCCUGUUCGAGAUUCGGAUGGAGCAGGGGAAGAAGGGCGCACCGUUCAAGACAAUGUCCGGACAAUUCAAGCUGAUCCAUUAUCCCAGCAAGGUGGCCAUGUGGACGCACACCACCCCUCUUCCGGAAUGGGCAUUCAAGCAAGCAGAAAUCAAUGGUAACAAGAAUGCCCAACAGACAAGCAACAUUUGGUUUGCCGAGGAUAUUCCCAGUCUCCCCGCCGAUUCCCCCAGGCGCAUCAAGGAAGUCAGGAAGCCGAAACAUCUGCCUUUCUUGGUCAAAUACAUCGAACUUCAGCGAGCCAUGUUUUACCACAACAACGCGUUGACAGCCAGUCAUCCUUAUGCCACGCAACCUUACCAAUGGCCUUUCCUGUUGCGGGGCGUGAGUUUCUGGACCCAGGAAAGCACCAGGCAACAGAUCUAUUUCCUUGGAAACCCCAUCGGUUAUUGGAUUGCUUCGAGUCUGCUCGCCGUCUUCGCUGGUAUUAUAGCAGCAGACCAGUUGGGACUGAGACGCGGAGUUGAUGCUCUUGAUAAACGCACCCGCUCCCGUCUGUACAACAGCACGGGUUUCUUCUUCCUCUGCUGGGCGGCACACUACUUCCCCUUUUAUCUCAUGGGACGUCAGCUCUUUUUGCAUCAUUACUUGCCCGCCCACCUGGCCUCUUGCCUGGUCACGGGAGCUCUGGUGGAAUUUAUUUUCAAUGUCGAGCCAGUCCUGGAUCAAGAGACGUCGGCCACGAUUGCAUCCAAGAAGGAAAAGAUGGCGGGCAAACUCUCGGACAAGACGAAACGGACAUUCCAGACGGCAGCCGAUCGAUUCAAGGGCCAACGCAUGUUCGCCACCUGGGUGGCCACUUUUGUCGUUCUGGCCUUUGUGCUUUUCGGCUUUUUCUUCUUCUUUCCCCUGACCUACGGCUGGCCAGGCUUGACUCCGGCUCAAGUCAAUGCCAGGAAAUGGCUAGGCUAUGAUUUGCAUUUUGCCAAAUGA